ACCUGGGGUACCGGCAGGAAAAGUGGCCGCACGCCUUGCAAUCCCAGCAUUUCUGUGUUGGUUGUGGCCGUGAACGGGGCUCAAGUCCAAGGGCACCGGAGCUCCUCAAGUGCAAGCUUCUUCGUGCGAUCAUCACGGCUGACGUUGGUUUCCUGGUACCCGGUCCAGAUCUUCCUUCAGGUUCUUGAAAAUCCGGCUUCAGGGACUCCAGCAGUAUCCCACGAUUUCAUCUUAUCGAUAACGAGCUAAUAAGGUGGUUGGCCUGACGAUGGAUAACUCACGGCGCUACUUCCUCACGUUAUUACUACUGGCAACAUCCAGUAUCUCAAUUACGACGUCGGCCGAUCCUCCAGUGGUAUCGGCCUCCGAACCGUCUGGUGUAUCCGGCCCGGAUUACACCGGCCCAUCCGCAGCUUCCGAUGAGUGCGAUCCAGAGAUGGUCGGCUUCGAAUUGGUCACCGGAUAUGUUUACACAGCACCUACGAACAUGCUCGAGUCCAUACCCGGGACGCUGAUGCUUACCGAUUGCCUGGAAACAUGUCAGGCGAACGAUUCCUGCCAGGCGGUCAACUACGAGACUGGACUCUGCGUUCUCUUCAGCUCCAAUGCAGAUAACAAUCCAGGUGCCCUCUCGCAAUCCCAAUUUCCGGUCUUUACGAUAUACGCCCAAAAGAGUUGCCUGGGAGUGAAACCCUGCGAGCGGGCCUGGUGCAUCGACAGGGUGCAAGGACAUCGACUUCAGGGUCACACCAAGAGGAUGGUCAGCGCGUCAUCCCGUCAACACUGCUUGGAGCUUUGCUUAGGGGAACGUGAAUUUCUUUGCCGAUCUGCCAAUUAUGCCAAUGCCACCAAGGAGUGCGAGCUUUCCGAUAUGGACAGAUUGACAGUCGCGGGAUCCAGUGCUUUUCAGUCUGCCAAGGGUAUCGAUUACCUCGAGAACAACUGUGUGGAUGAACCCGUGAAGCUCUGUGAAUUUAAAAAGCUCACUGGCAGAAUCCUCAAGACCGUCGACUCCGUGUAUCAGGAUGUCGGGAGCGCCGAGGAGUGCCGUGAACUCUGUUUGAAUUCGCCAUUCCGUUGUCACUCAUACGAUUACGGUGAUACCGGCGAUAUGGUGUGCCGAUUGAGUCAUCACUCUCGCGCUACACUCUCCGAUAUUCAGGAACCUUACCUAGACGUGCCCGAAGCAUCGACCUACGAGCUGAGCUCCUGCUACAACGUGACCAUCGAUUGUCGCGCCGGCGACAUGGUCGCUCGCAUUCAAACGAGCAAACUCUUCAAUGGCAAAGUCUACGCGAAAGGAUCGCCCAAUUCUUGCGUGCAGGAUGUGAAAGGAGCUUUAGAGUUCGAACUUCGCAUGGCUUACGAUGAUCUCGAGUGUAACGUCAGACAGCAGGGUCUGGGUCGCUAUCUGAACGACGUCGUUAUCCAGCAUCACGACACCAUUGUCACCAGCUCCGACCUGGGACUGGCCGUUACCUGCCAAUACGACCUAACCAACAAGACAGUCUCGAACGAGGUCGACCUCGGUGUACACGGUGACAUCACUCCGGCGCUCUCAGAGGAGGUUAUCGUCGACUCGCCAAACGUCGCCAUGAAGAUCACCGACCGAAGUGGCAGUGGCGCAGUACCCUCAGCUGAGGUCGGCGACCCCCUGGCCCUUAAAUUUGAAAUCCUCGAUCCCAACAGUCCCUACGAGAUCUUCGUUCGUGAACUCGUCGCGAUGGACGGCGUCGAUUCCAGCGAGAUCGUGCUCAUCGAUUCCGACGGAUGUCCCACCGAUCACGUCAUAAUGGGACCACUUUACAAGACCGCCACCUCCGGCAAGAUUCUACUCUCGCACUUUGACGCCUUCAAAUUUCCGAGCUCCGAAGUCGUGCAAUUCCGUGCCCUGGUGACGCCCUGCAUGCCAACGUGCGAGCCAGUCCAGUGCGACCAGGAGGAAUCGACCGGUGAACUUCGCUCGGUCAUUUCGUACGGAAGACGCCGUCGUCGCUCUGCAUCCCAAUCAACCGAUGAUCUACUCUUGGUCCAGUCCAUUCAGAUCACCGACAAAUUCGGCUUCGAACGCGACGGCAAGUCGGCCAACAGCUCCAUCGCCAAGGAUACCGUUUUCAUCGAGUCCGACAGCACUUUGGGGAUGUGCAUCAACAUGGGCGAGGCCAUUGUCGCUGGUACCGUCUUCCUGGUAGCGCAGAUCGCCAUCAUAGCCGCCUGGACCUUCACUUGGCAGCGACGUCGGCAGAUUUUGAAGCACCAAGAGGCACUCUCGGUCUCGGUGUCAGUCCCAGGGAUGCAUGGCGGCAUGCCCGGACGUGCCGACAGCCUCUGUAAGUUAUACGACGCCGGCUACUCUCGUCGCUUCUAAGCAGCAUCCUUGCAUCCUUGCUUGGAUCUUUUCAUCUUCAAAUUCGUAGGACUAAAAAGCGGCCUGAGUCACUUGGUGAUUAUCAGUCAAUGCCUUCCAGUCAUAGAAUCGUCAUUGACGUCGAUACCAUGAAAUUUGGUACCUCGUCGAUUCGAUCAAUGAAACUAGCAUUUUUUUAUAGCUUACUGAAUUUUCACUUUGUUUUUUUUCUCAACUUUUUUUUGUUGAACUCAACCACUCGAGUGCUUCUUCUCGAUCUUGUGCGAUCGCCAGAUCUUGACGAUCGUCACGAUUUCACGUAAGAAGGGUCACGUCGACUGGCUUCCACGAGACGCCUAGCGUCCUUCUGGCUGACUUGCCAAAGAUCGAGAGACGUCUUCAGAUUGUUUUUCUCUCUGCCGUCUCUCGAUCGAACGAAUAAGCGCUCUAUGAAAAUUGACUAGUAAUUCCACCAUUUUGCCUCGGCUGCAUUCACUCCAAGUCCUUCGAUCGUGUCUCAUCUUCUUAAUAUCUAUCGAAUACCGUCUCUGUAAACACGUACUGUAUCGCUGCGUUUACCUAUUUACUAGAUAUUUUCUGAUCGUGCCUGGUUAGGCGUCUAUGUAUCAUCACACUUCUUCAACGUACAAGACACUAGGGGACACGUACCUUCCAUCAUUCCACAGCAUCCGAACCAAUUCAGAAACUGGUCCCUUGUCCGACCAACCCUAGAAGCAAUUAACAUCAAAACCUCAAUAGGGAAAUUCAUUAUUAUUGUCAUUCAUGGAAACUGCCCUAAGGGUAACUAGAUCCCAUUAGGCUAUCGUCCUUUACCUGAAAGAGAUCACCUACGGACUAAUAUAAUAAUUUCAGUGGGUGUAGCCUUUAAUCGAAGCAUGGAGAAUUCAUCUUCCCCCUGACAGAGAUUAGAAACCUUGAUAAAUAUUUUUCACCGAGAUACAUUGAGCAAUUUCUAGGGUACAGGUCAAGGGACUAACUCACGGAUGUAUAAUUAUAUUUGAUAUAAUCAUCAGUAAGUUUCUGGGGUAGGAAGAGGGGAGGGUCUAGUUGGUGAUGGAGGUCGACGUGUAUUUGCUACGUACCGCGGAUUCUAAUUAGCAUUGGGAAUCAAGCGUGAUUAUGCAGAUGCUUGGAGUAGGCUAUCAGUGGGAUCGCGGUGGGGUAUGGCAGGGUGCAUGCGCGUCAAGGGGUUGGCGAAAGGUUAAUUGCCUCUUGUGGCGUCUCGGGCUAAGCUAAGCUUGUGAGGGUAGAUUUGAUAGGGUGGCGCUAGGGUGCUGUUGGAUCACAUCAAGGAUAGCCAUCUCUCCAUACUGGACCACGUAACCUCUAUCCUCUCCGACUUAACCUUAGCCACGUCCUGUCCAUGCCGGGCAUGUUAAUUUACAUCGGCACACGUGGCCCUAUCAAUCUGGACCAGUGUUACCCAAAAGUAUGAGGAGCCGCUGAAACUCCUGGGUUAAUAUUCAUCUACAAACAACAGUCAGCAUCCAAUCGAAAUCGGAUCAAGGAGUGAUUAAAAAAAAAUUUGUAUCUGAGAUUAAAAGGAAUUGUCUGAAAAAAGGAAAUUUGAAUUAUACAUCUUACUGAGUGUUGGUACGAUUGGAAUCGAACGUAACCUCACUGUUAUCCGAAUACUAGAAAAUUAUGGCAAAGCACACAGAACUCCGUGGGAUCGAAUUAAUUGAGAAACUUGAACAUUAGAAUACAAUCAUCAAGAUAAAUAGUUGGUUUCUGAUUGCAGGCAUUAGCCUUAUCUUUAGCGAUGUCUGCUAUUCCCAUCGAUGUUUGCUCAUGUUUGAUUACUCUCGCGGGAGAUUCAACGAGAUGAAAUCUGCAAAUUCCAAUGACUUUCCCAUAAUCCCAUUACCAACUACUCUCUUCCUCGUCUUAACGAACGAAAAAAAUUACAUCGAAUUAGUAAGAUCAUAAAUUACUAACUCCUUUCCUUUUUUUUUUUUCCUUUUUAUAAUCUGAUACAAUCACUCCCGCAACCAGCAUCCAGGUACACUAGUUCGGAUAUACGUAUACUCACUUCGACGUAGUACCUAGCACUUUUCAUCGUCAUAACUUCAGUUCACGUAUUCAACAAAAGGUGCCUACAUACAAUAAGUGAUAAUAAAAUGCAUAUUAAUUAUAAUUAAUGUUGUUACGAUAAUCAUAAUAUUUCGCUAACGCUGAGGUAUAUCCAAGCUGCUUGUGGUGAGAGGGUAGAGCCAAUUAUACAAGUUCGACAAUAACGUACGAACAACCGUAGUGUUCUGAAACAGUAGGGCGUACUGAAUAUCAUACAGAUAUACAGUCAGGCUCGUUAAUACAGGGUGGCAUAAUGGAGCUCGGUAAUGAUAUCCCGAAUAAUUAUUUUCAUUAAAUUUAUCAUCUCCUUCGCGAUUCACGUCCACCUGGCAUUGAGCAAUCUUCAAAGGAAGAUCGAUCUUCGCCUUCCGAAAUAACGUAUAACGGAGAGAUUCGCGUAUAACGAGAAUUUCGUAAAACCGUCUCCAAGCCGUUGGGUAUGAGAAGAAUUUUUGUUUUCGGUCAUUUUCGGACCACGAAGAUCCAGCAGGUCGUCGACGAGGAUCUCAAAAGUGAUAUACAUCGCCAUUCCGAUAUCUAAUCUGAAUUCCCUUAAACGGUCGUCGCAGCCUCCAAGAUGGCAAAUUCCAAAUCUGAAUCCGUUCCAGUCAUGGGCCCUCUUCAAAUUCAAUUUGCGGCAAAGACGAUAUAUAGUAAUAUAAAUACAACCAAUUUUUUUUUUAAUCUAAGCUUUCUCGUGCCACCCUAUAUCCAGACAUUGCCACGCACUUUUCAUUGAGUUUAUCGAACCCUUGCCUCACAUGACAAAUAAUUGGGCUAACCGUUUAAUAAAAUUCAAUGGAAACUGCCUUUAAGAUGAUCGAUACGAUCUUUGACAUAUAUAUAUAUAUAAAAGUAAAUAUAUACAUAUAAUAUACAUAAUAUUAAUUGACGUACUGUAACGUCAUAAUCGCUUAAGUUUUAAUACGAGAGGAGGACAAAAAAAUAACAAUAAUAAUAUUGGGCUCGAGGAUGACCUUAUUUCCCGUCCAAGGGAUUCUCCUGGCGUCCUACUGCAUGAAUACUUGCGUCUCUUCCUAAUGAAUGUUAUGUUUAUAUACCUUGCAUUAUGUACGAGUGUCUGCCGAGAGUAGAGACGCCGUAACUUGUCCUCGAGCCCGAGGUGCGCGAUCAGCCAGCAAGUAAGCCGUGACCUCGAUGAGCCCGAGUCUGUUCUGUACCCUGACGAGCAUAAUUCUCACCUUCGACCUUUGUCCACGUUCGAGUUUACCAACUUGAUAAAAUUUUCGCGAUUCCAUUUAACUGCAAAGGUACCUUUUUACAUCGUACCAUUUUUACAAUCGCGAAACGCCAGAGCGUCACGUACAGAACUCACCCGGCGAUUACGAGACUCAUAUAAUCAGGCGCACCAAGAUGCAUCGCUUAUUUAUUUUACAGUUACACGCGCCCGUGCUCUGUUACAUCGGGCACGACGCAUUGCGCAUUAAUAUUGUACUACGUAACGAGCGCAACUAUUUCACGUACUUUAUAAACCUCCUACCUUUUUCCUUUUUUAAUUUCUUUUUUAUUUUAUUACAAGAACGCAAUCUCGUUUUACGAUUAAUUCCGUAUCGACGACAAUACGUAAUUCUUUUAAUUUCUCUCUCUAUGUUUUUUUUUUUUAUACUACUGAGCUUUCUCUCGCGACCGAACACCGUACUUGUCGAGUACCGAAAAACCUUGUACAUAGUAUAUGUGGUACAGAGAAAUAAACUCAUUUUCUAACGAG